AUGUCUGCCAAGUCAUACCGAGAACUUGCCCGAGUCUCCCCCAGCACUGCAUCCACCCACGACAGUGUCCUCGUCAUCAUCGACGCCCAGAACGAGUACGCCGAAGGCCUCUUGACCACCGUCGACGUCGCCUCCACCCGCAAGGCCAUCAGCACCCUCCUCACGCACUACCGCAAAUCCUCCGCCCCCCUCAUCCACGUCGUCCACCAAACCCCCGACGGCGCGCCCUUGUUCACCCCCGGCACCCGCCUCGCCGACGAGUUUGACGAGCUCAAGCCUGCUUCUGGCGAGCCUGUCGUCUGCAAGCAGCACCCAGGGGCGUUUACGGGCACCAACUUGCAAGAGCUGCUCGACAAGUUUGGCAAGAAGAAGGUGGUCAUUGUGGGGUAUAUGGCGCAUAUCUGUGUGAGCACUACGACUCGCCAGGCGUCGGAGAGGGGGUAUGAGAUUGUGCUUCCUCGAGAGGCGAUUGGCGACCGCGACAUUCCGGGCGUCAAGGCGGCUCAGUUGGUCGAUGUAGUCUUGCACGAGCUGGCCGAUGGGUUUGGUACUGUGGUCAGCGUUGCCGACAUUGAAUAG